CCUUGUAAUGGCGACCGUGCCGUAGAUGUGCCUAGGUUUGUGAAAAUGAAGCGAAGAAGAAGUUAUUUCUUUUAAGUAAAACGCCGAGGUUCCCCGGAGGAGGACUUUGCGUCUACAACCAUCACCUUUAUAAGUGGUAAACUUAGCUGUACUUUUGAACUUUUGUGCCCUUUUGAAAUGAUGAAGCUCAAGUCGAACCAAACCCGGACGUACGACGGGGACGGCUACAAGAAGCGGGCCGCCUGCCUGUGCUUCAGGAGCGAGAGCGAGGAGGAGGUGCUGCUGGUGAGCAGUAGUCGACAUCCUGACAAGUGGAUAGUUCCUGGAGGGGGCAUGGAGCCAGAGGAGGAGCCCAAUGUUGCUGCAGCUCGAGAAGUGUGUGAAGAGGCCGGUGUGAAGGGGACUUUAGGUCGCUUAGUCGGAGUAUUUGAGAACCAGGAGAGGAAACACAGAACCUACGUCUACGUUCUUAUUGUAACAGAGUUGCUGGAGGACUGGGAGGACUCGGUCAACAUUGGGAGAAAAAGGGAAUGGUUUAAAAUAGACGAUGCCAUACAAGUGUUGCAGUGUCACAAGCCUGUGCAGGCCACCUACUUCGAGGCUCUCCAGGAGAGUUGCCUGACCAGUAACGGAACACCUUUGGUGGCCACGAUAGGCGGGGACCUCUCCCCUACCUACAGCAUCAAUCAGAGCUCCGUCUCGGGUAUCAGAUAACUAAAACCAUAACUCUGACACCUUUUGGGAGCUUUCACCACCACUUGCGCUCUUACUUGUGUCAUUUCUCUUUCUCUUUCUCUUCUCUGUUCUUCUCUUUUCUCUUUCUGUCUCAAUAACAUGGUUUGCCUUGCCAACUCCUUUGUGCCAGAACUGUGGCACAGACUUGAUGACAAGUGUCGGUUGAAUAGUCUGAAACACUUUGUAAAUGUAAAUGUAAUUUUUGACCCCUAUUUUUUUUUUCUUUUUACUGACAACUGCAUGAAAUGUCCCCUCGUUCCCCUCAUCCUCUUUCCUUAACGCGCCCUUAGCGUGGUGUUUAUUGAAUGCAAGAACUACUUUUUACUGUUGUAAUGUAAAAGUGUAUACUUAGUGCUUAAGCUGAAGGCUUUUGGUGGUCUUUUUAAAGUCUCCUCCAUUUGUUUUUUUUCGGUUAUUUUUUCUGUGAAUGAAUGUGCCCAUUAGUGUAUUCCCUCCCCCCUGUUAAUAAGGAUAGGAUAUGUCGUCUGUAUCUGGAUGAACAGAAUUGUGGGAAGUGACUUGUCUUGCAUGAGCACUGUUAUGUUGUGUCUCACUCGCUCGAGUGACCUGAUGCUGACUGUGCAACAGACUCGUGGUAAGGUCUUUUGGAUUCUCUUCAUUUUGCUCCUUAUCGUGGUUAUCGAUGUCUCUCUAAUCAGAAGGAUACGGCUCCUCGCUAGUUUUUCCAAUCUCAAGUGUCAACUGUGUUUCUCUCUUAUUUGGGAAGCUAGCCAAGCACUACAGGUUUCACUCUCAGACAGACAUCUAUAUACUGUAACGAGAGAGAAAGAAUGUCAACAUACAAUGUCAAAUGAACCACCUUUCUCCUCAGUGUCUUUACCUCCUUUUAAUCCUUUUUUUGUUUUCUUUUUUUAAAACCUGCUUUCUUGUGACUGACUACAAAGUCUUCCUCCACACACUGAGAGGGUAGAAGUAGUAGAUUUUAAAAAAAAAAAAAAAAUCAUGGACUUGUAAUUUCAAAAUGCAGCACAUAUCACUUAAGUUAUUAAAAACCAUUUCCAUAUUUUACUCCUCACAUUCAGUUUGGUUAAAAGCAAUUGUUUACACUGUGUUGGUAACGGCACAGGUGACUUUAGUGGGCACUCAUUAUGGUCAUUUUUUUUUUUUAUUUACCCUUCCUGUUAGUAUUUAAUCUGCAUCCCCAAAAACACUCAAAACACCUGCUUGACAUCGAACGUAAUGGAAUCUAUAAUGCUGAUGCAGAACAAACAAGCCUUGUACAGUUUGAGACCUCGUUUUUAACAUGUAAAAUGCUUUUGGAUACUAGUUCUUUUUUUUUGUUUCUUUGUUUUUAUGUUUUUUCUCUCUAACGUCUGGCAAAAGUCUCUUUAGCCGAGCUGCGUCACUUUGGCCUCGAUGUGGCAUGAGGCAGCUGGCUCAAUACUGUGAAACUGGAGGCGCUGUAGAUAGCAUGUUAGAGGUUUUUAUUGUAAAUUGUUUAUUUCUGUAUAGAUCAAAGGUGAGAGUACAAAUGACAAAACACCUCUUACACAUCUGUGAGUCCGACGUGUCAUUUCAACUGAGGCUGGAGGGACAUUGAUCUCGUGCCGUUGGCUUUGGAGCUGUUGGGGAAUUUUCUCUAGAGAGAGAGAGAGAGCUUACAGCACAUCAGAGGCUAAAGAACAAGGACUGAGGCUGUUGGUGAGAGUUAAGAGCCUAUUUAUAAGCAAAUAUUCUGGAAAUCCUUUUCCUUUUUUAUGGCAAAACAGAUUUGUGACAGUGAGAAAUUACUGUUCUUUGGCUACGUUAUAGUCUGAGUUUCCAAAACCACUACUUAGUUUAAAAGUAAAGCCAACCUGAAGCUUCUUUUCUGGCCAGCAGCUGUUCCACUUUCCCCAGUUUUCCCACUGAGGGUUUCUUUUGUUGGUCUUUCUCAAAAACUUCAAACAUGAUACUGUGGUUUUCUGUCCAUACUCAGAUCUGUAAGAUUUUUUCUUGGCCACUUGCGUGCAGUGGAAACAAGCUGUAAACGUUACUCUGAAAUCAGUUUUUUAGGUUUAUAUGGAAAACUUGUUGGCAAACAGUUGCCUGUUGACUCUUGUUUGUGUCCGCUUGAUAAAAGUAAUGCUGUGUUCACACUUUGAGCGACACAGCAACAGUGUGGCCAGCUGAGUUGCCGUUGAAGUGUUGCUCAAGUGGUCGUUGACGUAGUUGCAUCAUCACGGGCCUCUGCGUGUCUGCUGUUGGCGACAAAUGCUGUAAUCCAGUGUACUUGAAACUUUGAAAAAAAAAGGCAACGUCUGACAUGGAAAAGUGUGAUGGAACAGUCCUCUAGGUCGGAACUUAGAGUUGGACACUAAGGCGAGAUCUGUCGAGUUCGCCAACAUAAACACAUCUGAAGUCACAGCAACAUGGCAGCAAACAAAGUUAACCUAGCAGAAUUACCUUUUCAUCAGUUUCACUUUUUGUAGUGUUUGUGUGUGUUCUACAACGUAACACUAUUGACUGUGGUUCACACUAUUAGGCUCGGCACAUAUUAAAACCAUUUUGAAUUGCUGUACGUUAUCUAAAUGAGCAAAGACAAGCAAGACAGUUGACUUGUCGCUAAUGGAUCGGAAGUUGGGAGCAUCUACUCGGAAAUUAUCGACUUUGUUCCAGUAGAUUGCAGGAAAAGCACCGCGACUUAACAGCAUCUAAAAUUUGUAUUUGGUAGCGGCAAAAUCAACACAAAACAAAAACAUGAUUGGUUGAGGCCUCACUGGAGCGCUGAAAAAAUUGAGGCCAGCUCAACUUUAAGUGUCGGGCAUCAGUUUGUAGCUUCAUGUCACCGCCUUCCUUUGAAAAUGACUUACAGCCUGUUGCUCUGUUUUUCAUAGUGUGAACACAGGAUUAGGCUAAUUACCGCCCCUCUUUUUGCUUUGUUUUGGUCUCCUCCAGUUCCUGAGGUUAAUAUCAGGCUCUUAGAUUGUAAACGCUCCACUAUCAUCACCUGUGAGACACCAAAUUUGCCUCAUGUAAGCAGGUAGCGCAUGUUGGUUUUCAUAGCUUUUUAUAUGCUGUAAGAGUGAACUUAAACAUCGAAGUCGUGGGCCGUGAAGUAAAAAAUGUGGCCAUGGACAAAUAAGCAUACACACUGUUCAAAGAAUGCGACCAUAUGCAGCUUCAGACCACCUCCAAAUGUGGUCUGGGUGAUUGGAUCUCAAGAUGUGUUAGCUUUCAUACGAGUUAUCAUGUCAGCCACGGUUAUUAUAGAGACAUUGAUUGUAGCAGCAGUUUUGAUCGUGCACCUAUUGCUAAGGCUCAUGGGGGCUGUAGUUUUUGGAUGCAGACAAAGUUUAAUUGUUUAAUCUUGGUUAUAAUGAUGUGGUGCUCAAAAGUGACCGACCAGUACUGUAGCAGACACUCAUUUAACUUUGAUUAUGAACAGAAGACUCCAGUAUCAUGACUCAGUCCUUCAAAAAAAGCCUUCAUGGGAAAUUAGACUGAGAACUGAGAGCUGGGGGAUCAAGAGCUAACCUAGAAAAGAGGCAGGAAGGAUCUCUACAGUGACAGCAGCAGUGGUGGUGGUCGUCUUUACUCAUGGUGUUUUCUCCCAGUUGUUUGAAGGGGCACAAUCCAGCCAGCAAAUUUAACUUAAGACGGAGUCCUUUAUACUCCCUGAAUAAAGAGAAAAACAUGUAGUGAACAUGGAAGGAGUGUGGAGUCUCCUUCACAACGGUUUGAGACUUUGACCUCAUUUUAUUGCUGCGAAUCAGAAAGGUGCGGUGGCCAAAGUCUUACUUUACGAUGCCCUAUUUGGCACUUCAUGAGAGUUCGUGUUGAUUAGACCUUUAAGUCUUUAUUGAAAUGUGCAAUCGGAUGUUAAGGGGAUGAUAUACGGUUAAAAAAUUUCAAAUUCUCUUAAAGUAAUUGGUGAUUUAAUUAGCUCUUGGUGGUUGGUUGCGGGUGACAGGUACUGUCAAAAUGAAUGUGAGGAGGAUUUCCACAUGUAACAGCCAGUGACUUAAUUAUUAAUGACCACUUGUUUUUGAUCCAUACUUUUUUUUUAGUUUGUUCUUUAAUCUGUUGUGUUGUUGACAAGCUAAUGUCUUGUAAAUAGCUAACACAGCACCCUUACAGCCAGAGGACGCACUUUGGCAACGGUUAAUAAGGAUUAGAGUCCUUUUUUUUUUUUUUUUUUAAACAAUUCCCUUCUAACUCGAAAUUUAGGCACUUCCUGUCAGUUGUAAAGGGAUCAGGGCCGGAGUUCAGGAGGGAAUUUAUGAAGUACAUGUCUCCAUAUGAGCAUGCCAGAGUUAAUGUGGAGUUGAGAUGGAGCAUCUACCCUAUCUCAAUUGGCUCUUUUGUAUGACAUUAAAGCUUCUGAACUUUGGGGAAGACAAUUAAAAAGAGACCUUCAAAACAGCCACUUCCUUUCCUAACCAAAGGUGAUGGUUUGAACAUGUAUUGCCCCAUCUUGUGGCCAAAGCAAAAAAAUAUAUUAAAAGCACAUCACUUUGCAGCUGAGGAUUGUAACAGUAUCCUUUAGCGCGAGAGCCAAAUGGUCAUUUUCAUAACUUAAUGAAUUUAGUAAUUAGACAUUAACUGAAAAAGCUCUUAAAAAAGAUCGACCCCAAAUACUAGUAAUUGACUAACAAACUAAACACACAUGCACCUGACCUCAGCCUUGAAGUGACAUUCUCCAAGGUAUACGUGUCACUGGAAUUUUUCUUUUCCUCUCUUUUGUCAUUUGGGACUGUGGAAUAAAACCAGUGCGAGAAGACUGAAGAUUGUAAUAUAAAUGUGCCAACAAAUAAACACCAGUAUUUCACAUUCA